AGGGUUGCUGAGCCCAAGGACACGCCAUCGCCGCGGAGAAGGAGCGGGACCCCUUGGGGGGAGCGCCCAAUGUGUGGUCCCUCACGCCUACCCGCACCUUGCUUUUUAGGGUUCUGUUUCUCUUUCUGAGCCCUUUUAUACCUUAUGUUUAGAAGGAGAAAAUCAUCCUCCCACACCUUCUCCCCGACUUUUUGCCUUUUUUGUCCUGAAGUUACCGAAAGGCCUAUGUCUUGUUCUCAAUAUUCCCAAGAAUUACUCUAAUAUAGUUGUGUUUCUGAGGGAGGAUGGAUGGAGAUAACUAUCCUGAUCCCAAUGUCACUUUUUAAGGCAUUCGUUUCAAGAGACAAGCAGUUUAGAAUCAGGCAGAACUGGAUUGCAAAAUUUGUGGGCAGAGCGGUAUGUGUGCAGAAGAUGCUGCUGUGAAGACCCAGUUAAAGCUUUCACAUAAAUGAAGCUACAGCUAUCAUGAUUUAGUGCCCCCAAAGAAAGAACUUCGGUGGACAAGAAAGGACAUUUCUGGGGGUAGUAGAAUGCUUGAGGCCUGGAAUUUAAACCUGACCCACUAUCUGAAGCUAUUAAAUAAUAGAAGAAAAUGGAAUUGAAUAUGAUGUCAGCAUGGAACAAUCUAAUGAUUCAUUAAGAGUCAACCAUAAUGAUGGUGAAGAGUCAAAAACCGAUGCUCAAGUAUUUGAGCAUCUAACCUGUAUGGACUCCAGGGAUUCUUCCUUUGGACAAAAUGAUUCUCCUGCAGUUUUGCCCAUCACUACUCCUGAAGCAAAUAAUUCACUCAUAUCACAGAAUAUAACAGGGCCCCUGACUCAGACACAGACUCCUUCUGCAGAGCAUUUCCAUCUAGUGGACCAAAAUGGGCAAGCUAUUCAAUAUGAACUUCAGUCAUUGGGGGAAUCCAAUGCACAAAUGAUGAUUGUUGCCAGCCCAACAGAAAACAGACAGGUACUUCGUGUAAUUCCAUCUACCCAGACAGCAAUGGCACAAGUGAUUAUACCUCAGGGGCAGCUUGUGGAUGUGAAUAGUCCUCGGGAUGUCCCUGAAGAGAAACCCAGUGACAGAAACUUAUCAACUGUAAGGGUGGAUACUCUAGCAGACAAUACCAGCAAUUACAUUCUUCAUCCUCAAACGUCCUUCACAUUGCCCAAAAAGUCAGUGACCAGAAUGCUGGAAGAACCCCUUCUGGCGCCUCUUCAGCCACUUUCUUCUAACACACCUAUAUGGGCCUGCCGUCUUAGGAGCUGUGAGAAAAUUGGAGAUUCAUACCGUGGCUACUGUGUGAGUGAGGCUGAAUUAGAAAGUGUCCUAACAUUUCACAAGCAGCAAACACAGAGUGUUUGGGGGACCCGUCAGUCUCCAAGCCCAGCCAAGCCUGCUACACGCUUGAUGUGGAAAUCCCAGUAUGUUCCAUAUGAUGGAAUCCCAUUUGUUAAUGCAGGGAGUAGAGCUGUGGUAAUGGAGUGUCAGUAUGGGCCAAGAAGAAAAGGUUUCCAGUUAAAAAAAGUCAGUGAGCAAGAAAGCAGGUCUUGUCAGCUCUACAAAGCCACUUGUCCAGCUCGGAUUUACAUUAAAAAGGUACAGAAGUUUCCUGAAUAUAGAGUUCCUACAGACCCCAAAAUUGACAAGAAAAUUAUCAGAAUGGAGCAGGAGAAAGCUUUUAACAUGCUAAAGAAGAACUUGGUAGAUGCUGGUGGUGUUCUUAGGUGGUAUGUACAGUUACCUACACAGCAAGCUCAUCAGUAUCAUGAAUUAGAGACUCCCUGCCUCACUUUGUCACCUUCUCCGUUUCCUGUGUCUUCUGUUGAAGAAGAGGAAACUGCAGUUAGAGAUGAGAAUUGUGCAUUACCCUCACGUUUACAUCCUCAAGUAGCCCAUAAGAUUCAAGAAUUAGUAUCACAGGGAAUAGAACAAGUGUAUGCAGUGAGGAAGCAGCUAAGAAAAUUUGUGGAAAGGGAACUGUUCAAACCCGAUGAGGUACCUGAAAGACAUAAUUUAUCUUUUUUUCCAACUGUAAAUGAUCUAAAAAAUCACAUCCAUGAGGUACAGAAAUCCUUGAGAAAUGGAGAUAUGGUAUAUAACUCAGAGAUUAUUCCGGCAACGCUUCAAUGGACUACAGACAGUGGGAAUAUUCUCAAAGAGACCGUGACGGUUACAUUUGCAGAAGGAAAUUCACCAGGAGAAUCAAUUACCACCAAAGUGGAAACAAAUCAGACAGGGGGUUCUUUGUCUCCUGAGCCAACCCACUUGCUCUCCUCACUCUCCUCAUUUCAGCCCAAAAUAUUUACACAACUGCAGGGUUUGCAGUUACAACCAAGGUUCACCUCUCCUGAUGAAUCACCAGCUCUGAUAUCAGUAAAUAACCAGCCAUCCUCUAGUCCUUCAGGACUUCUGGAUCCAAUAGGAAGUGCUGUAAUGAAUAAUAAUUCUCUACUGCUUGGUCAAAGUCAUAGCCUUCAAAGAGAUACAUGCCUAACCCAAAACAAUGGUACUGCCUCCACCAUGGGUAACCUUCCAGAACCAGAUCAAAAUCUAGUUGCAAUGGACCAGCUGGUAGAAGUUGGAGGUGUUGAGGAUACAGGGAAUCUGGAAGGAACUGUUCAUCGAAUUCUGUUGGGAGAUGUGCAGACUAUUCCAAUACAGAUUAUAGACAACCACUCAGCUCUUAUUGAAGAAAAUCCAGAAGGUACCAUUUCUGUGAACCAAGUUAAGCAAGAACCCAAAGAACCAGCAUUGUCUAUGGAAGCAAAAAAAAAUUGUGGACUAUAAGAAAUUAUCUGCUAUAUAAAUUAUUGAAGCUUUUCAGAAUUUACAACUCUGGUGACUUCUGAUGUCUUAGAAAAGAAGGUGAAUAUAGUCAAAGCGUGGCAUUGAGAUAAUUGGACUGAAGACCAGUUUGAUGAGAAGCUUUUAUUUAAAACUGAUGUAUUUGUUGCCAGUUCCAUAUUUUUACCUUCCUUAAGAGAUGUUUUACUCUUCUUAUUUUGUAUAAUUUUUAUGCUCUUUGAUUAUCUAAUAAGGCCAGUAUUUCAAAAGCUCUUUUGAACUUAUCCACAGUAAUACAGUCUGAACACAAAUAGUUUAGUUAACUUCUCCUUGGAAAUACUCAAUUUUGGUUCUUACAAAACAGAAAAGAUCAACAGCAACAGCACCAUUGUGUGAAUGUAUGUUUGUAUGUGUGUAUGUAUAUCAUGAAUUUUUUUAAGUUCUGAAGGAACUUGUUCUCUCUUUAAAGUUGUGAAGAAAUUUUUAAUUGCCAGACAGGUAAGAAAAUGUUUAUAAUCUAUCUCAUUAAGAAAGAUGAAGUAUUCGGUUUUACAUCAUAACACAAAGUCCAGCAGCUAUAUCUGCGGAGACUGUGCAGUUGCAUUUUAGCCACUUCCCUUCUAAUUUUUGUACUUUUAACUACAAACCAAUAGUAUAUUAGUGGUUAUCUAAUAGAAAUUUAAAGUGUCUUGGUAAGUACUGAGGAUUUUUACUUGAAUUAAUCAGAUAAGCAACAGAAAUCAACAUAUGUAGCAUGGCUUUGUGCUAAAUUGGAAGUAAAAUACUAUAGGUAGAAAGAUGUAGAAAUUGAGAGAAUUGAAAAAGAAUAAUAGAAUUCCUUGGUGUUUACAGAUAAUUUGGGAAACUUUUUGAUGACAGCAGAGGAUUUUUUUUUCCCCUUAUUUUGUAAUGAAGAUCCAACGCUGGUUAAAAAAUAAUUUGAUUUGUAGUUACAUUUUUCUAUGCCAGAGCUCUUACUGAAUUGAUGGGGUAUUAGGAUUUCUAGUAUUUUAAGGUAAGUAUUUAUAGUUUAAAAUUUAGUUUAUAUUUAAAACUUCAAAACAUCUGAUCUGGGAUAUUUUCUUUGUUAAGUAAGUAUAUUAACUUCAAAUACCAAAUAAGUACUAAGCAGUAUAUUCAUUAUAAGCAUCUGUUGUCUAAAGAUUGGUACUAGGCUGGACAUGGUGGCUCAUGCCUGUAAUCACAGCACUUUGGGAGGCCUAGGUGGGUAGACCACCUGAGGUCAGGAGUUCAAGACCAGCCUGGCCAACACAGUGAAACCUCAUUUCUACUAAAAAUACAAAAAUUAACUGGGUGUGGUGGUGGGCGCCUGUAAUCCCAGCUACUUGGGAGGCUAAGGCAGGAGAAUUGCUUGAACACUGGAGGCGGAGGUUGCAAUGAGCCAAAAUCGCACCAUUGCACUCCAGCCUGGGCAACAAGAGAGAAACUCCAUCUCAAAAAAAAAAAAAAAAGAUUGGUAAACUAGAAAUAUCAACUAUAAUUUCAGGAAAUUAACCUAAAGGCUUUUGUUUCUCCAGAGACCAUUUGUGGGUAUAUUUUAUAUUUUAAAAAUAAAGAUUUUAAAUGGAUAUCAAUGUUUAAUAUUCAAAGCAUGCACAAUAUAAUAUCAAAUUUAACCUUAAUACUUUACAUGAAUAUGAGUCACUUUUGGCUUUUCUAAGUCCAGCCUCCCAUUCUUAAUUGAUUUUGUUUCAGGUACAUGACAUGUAUCUAAAUAUAAAGUACUGUUAUAGUAGAGGUAGGUGGAAUUCUAAUAUUCGUUGCUCUUUAGAUUUAUAUUUUAUUUAAUGUAAAGUUUAUUAUUUAUACCCUUUUUAAUGCAAAGCUAAUAUUUAGUUAUGUAUGAUUUUUAAUAAAAAUUACUUUUCUUUUUCCUAUGAAUUGAAAAUAUUUGAUGUUGGCAUUUUAUACAGGCAGGUUGCCAAAUUUGAUUAUGUUACACUAAGUUAAACACAACUCUUAAUUACCUCAAAUCCAGAUUUCUCUUAGUCUGUGUGUAUAUAAAAGGAAUAAGUCCAAAUUAAUUUAUAGUUUAGUGUUGCACUGUAGGUAAUAUUCUUUUCAUUUGUUGUUUCUAGUUUUUAUGGAAUCCUUUUCUUUCAAGAUUCUAAAUAAUAAA